UAAUUUUGUACUUUUUAAUCUAAAGGACAUAAAAACUGCUUGUAUAUUGAUUUGGUUGCAUGUUAGUAAACAAUAUGAGUGGAAGUCUUUUCUUGAAUAUUUUCUUAUCUGCUGGUGGAGUUCUUGGUUUUCUGGCAGGAACCAGAGUUCAUGCAGAUGAGACGCCUCCUCAAAUCAUCCACCAGCCUUCUGAUGUGGUGGUGAAAGUAGGCUUUCCUGCAAGGCUCUCCUGCCAGGCGGAUGGCAACCCCAAGCCAACUAUUAGUUGGUUGCAUAACAGCCAGCCGCUAGAAAUGGAGAAACGAGCUGACCAGUGGCAGACCAUGAUCCUACCAGACGGCAGCCUCUUCUUCCUGAUUGUGGGAGGUGGCAGGCUUGGUUAUACGCAAGAGGGCUUCUACACUUGUGUGGCUGAGAACAGCGCAGGCAAGGUCAUCAGUCGUAACGCAUCUCUCUAUAUCGCAAUUUUGAAGGAUGAGUUCCUUGUGCAGCCCAGUGAUGUAGAGGUGGCUGAGGGGGAGGUGACCGUUUUGAACUGUAGCCCCCCGAUGGGACACCCUGAACCGGGCGUCAUGUGGAAGAAAGAUGGUCUGCUCAUCAACGACAACGAUCCCAACUAUACUGAGGUGAGUAGGAAGCUGAUCAUUGCUCCUACAGAGAAGAAACACUCUGGUUCUUAUGUUUGCGUGGCCAGCAACACUGCGGGAGUGAGAGAGAGCCGGGCAGCUCGGCUCAGUGUACUGGCUAAACCAGUGUUGCUGCUGAAGCCUGAAAAUGUGUCUGUGAGAAUGGGCGAAUCGGCCCAUUUUUACUGCCAAGCUAAAGGUGACCCUCCACCUGCUGUGGUCUGGAUGAGAGAACAAGGUCCACUUCCCAACGGCAGGUAUCUUGUGAACCCAGACCAGACUCUCCAGAUCCAUUAUGUGACAGCUGAGGAUGCUGGGAAAUACACCUGCACUGCUGCCAAUGAUGCAGGCAUGAUCACCGCCAGCGCAGAGCUAUUCAUUGAAGAGGCUGCAAGCAUGGAACUGAAAGACCUCCACAAAGAGCUCUCUGCCAUGAGGGUGGCUCUGGAAAAUGUCACAAUCAUUGCCUCUGGAUCCAACAUAUCCAGAGUACAAUGGAAGCUGCAGCCCCUGCCAGCUCAGACACACUACCUUGAUGGUUUUGAGGUUCUGUAUCGUUCUCUGCUGCCGAUUAGCUCUGACUGGGCAGCAAAGAAGGUGAUGCUGCCCAGUUUCCAAACUCUGGUGGGCCCCUUAAAAAGAGGCUACAAGCACGAGUUCAAAGUUCGUCCGUAUGGCAGCAACUUGUAUGGAAGGGAGAGCAACACCCAGCACCUCAGAGUUCCAGAAAUAGAACCAAGUGCUUCACCAUUGGCUGUGUCCGUAGCAGUUAAACGUGAGCAGAAUAACACCAUCCAUGUGAGCUGGGAGCCGCCCCCUCAUGAAACCCACAAUGGCAUCAUACAGGGUUAUCAGGUGUGGUGUGUGGAGUCUGAAGAGCAGCAAUUCCAAAACUGGACUGUGGAUAGCAGCCACCACAACCUUGAUAUCACCGAUCUCAAACCAGGCAAACAAUACUGGGUCAGCGUGGCAGCUGUCAACGGAGCCGGCAUAGGAAAGCAGAGUGAUCCAUGUGGAUUUUUUAUCAAUGCUCAGAUUGGAGGUUUCCCUCAAUCCAACAGCCAAAGUAGAGAUCUGUCUCAGGUUGUGACUGUGUUUCAACAUCCAGUGUUGUUCACCAGCAUUGGCGCCCUCCUGUGGUGCAUUUUAAUGGCCGCAGCUGUCUACUUCUUCAGACGUCACAGCAGGACAGGCCACCUGAUACCAAGCCAUGGCAAGAGUAAAGGUUUACGCAGACUUGCGAGUGAAGAUCUAAUCAUUAAACACAGGAUGGCAGCUCCAGACUCCCCAUGGAUCUCUGGAUCCUGGAGACCAGGAAACUUCAGUGAGAAGUACCAGGACUUGUGGGCUCAGGGACACAAACAGCCAGGAAUCAGGAGCACCAGCCUCCCCAUCUCAGCUAAGACAGACUCUAGUUGUCUGGACUCAGCGGUCCCUUUUGUCACUGACAGCUGUGGAGUCUAUGGCACUUUUUAUGUGGACCUGAUGGGCAAUGGCCUCAAGACCUUCAACAGUCCUCAGCAUUGUCCUAAAAUGCCUCAUGGUCCAUGCCUUCAGCAGGAUGCUGAGACCAUCCAGAUAUACACCCAGCCUGUCACAAAGGCCUCAUUUCUCGGUAGCCGUGAGGUACUGCCAUGGAAACAAGCCAUACGCCCACAGCCCAAGAUGGGUUUGUUGAGGGAAUCGUGGGAAAAGAACAAGAGCAAGCAAGAGCUCUGUGCAGUGAACAUCGUUCCCAACCUUGCACUUCAGAACCAGGCCUGUGUAUCCCCUGCCUGCAAACAGAGACUCAGCAACACCCCAUCAGGUCAACUAGGUGGACAUCCACAGUGUACUAACACUGGUGGCUGUCCUUGUACGCUGCUUUAUUCAGCAUCACUCCACUUAGUGGAUAUGCUGCCCACUGCGCCACAGUUCCCAACAGAUGGAGCCAUGGAUUCCCACAGCAUCACCUCAGACGAAGGCUCCAGUCGUUCCACAAAGGUCACGUUGGACCUGGGAUCCCUGCAGUCCAUGUGUGCUAUGUCAGGCCACCGUGGGUCACAGGGGCCCAACACCAUAAACACCAGUUGCCCCUCCUACAGCUGCUUUUCCACUGCAUCGUACGCCACGUCACUGGACGAAUACCAGGAUGCCACGCUGACAUCACAGGAGGUCACACAGUAUCUGGAGCUCAGCCCAAAACCAGACACAUGCAGCAGCGGCCUGCAGGAGCAGCGUCCCUCUCUGUCACAGUCUUUCUCCCCGUCACUGGGCUACAUCUCUGGACCAGUAUCCUGCAGUCAGCUGGAAGACACCGCUGCCGCAGCCGUCAACUCUCAGGCUCCGCCUAUUGGCUUGCGACAGGCCCGCCUUCAGAGCACGCCUUCUUCUUGCUACAGCGAAUGGGACGGCUCACUGUGGAACACCUGGAGUUCGUUGACGGACGGUAACAUGGCCAGUGCGCGCACCAGCCUCAUCAGCUCAGUGGACAGCUGCUACACUAACGACAGUGCAAACGUCGCUCGAUUUCUGGCCGCGGCAGCGGACAGCAUGAGUGGAGCAUCUUUGUCAGACUUUUCUCCGCCAGCAUCGCCGCUCAGCACCUUGUAUCCAUGUUUUCGAGGGGAAAGCGACCUGUUUGGGGAACUGGAGCCCACGUGGGACUGGAAUAUGUUCUGGGCCGAGGAAAUGGAGGCUCAGCGCAGAGCGCGCUACGGUGGCAGAAACACCUAACAGAGUUUUUAACAACUGCACAAACAAGAAAACAGAAGAGGCGCGGAGAGGAAGCUGGAAGAGUCAGUCUUUUGAGGUUUGCAUAAGUUAUUCUUGCAACGGCCUGAAGAAGAAAUAAAAUCAGUGAGAUUUCACCUCUGCAUGCACGUGCACAGCUAUUAUUGGUUUCCAAGUUAACUUCAGGGUGGUCCAGUUCCUAUUUUACAUCCUCCCAAAUGUCUCCGACUGAGUCCCUAAAGUUUUUCCCUCUGCACGGCUCCCUCGUGUUAGAUAAGACGCUAAUGAGAUCCGUCCCUUUGGAUGUUCUCACUCGGUGUGUGUUUUGAAAGCCCCACAAA